UGAAGAGGGUGUUCAAAUGUUUGCCUUUUCAAGCAAUUUUUUAUUUUGUGCCACGAAAAAUUGUUUUUGAAAUAUUUUUGUUUAUUUUUUAGCUUUAUGUAAAUGCUUUAUUUCUUUUCAUUAACAGUUUGUAUUUUUAUUUAUCUUUGUUUUGUGAUUGAUUUCAAAUUUGUACAUAACCUAUAGGAAAUCAAUGAUUACCCAUCCCCCACAAUGCACUGCUUCUCCUGGGCGCCAAAUAUAACUAAGGACCAACAUUGUUUACAACAAAUAUGGUGGCUGCAAUCUUGGUGACCAACGCUCGAUUGCAUGCAAACCGAUACUUCUACUUGUUAAUACUAUCAGUUACAGCUUGAAAAAGAUUUAAGCCCUAGGCGUUUGAUCCUUGAUCAAUUUCAAGUCUGGACAGCAAGUGAAAUGAGCAAUCAACGCUGGACCUAUAGAGAAGAGGAGGCCUAUGGGCCUAUAGCAGAUGUUGAAGAGAUAUUAUCCAAUAAAGAAAAACGGCAUUAUUCGAGGGCCCUAAAAGAAAUGCACGAGCUUGUUAAGCUAGAAAGUCUUCGGAUGCAUACUUCGAGAUCAGAUUCGGAAUCAGAAACUAAAAGCCAACUCUAUGAUGAUGAGAUCAGUGACGCAUAUUUAUCAGGCCUAUCAGCCAAGUCAAUCCAUUAUAGAAAAGCAAAUCAUGAUUAUGGACAAAAGCCAUCAAAGAAAAUUGAAGUUGCAGCAGGUAAAAGACAGAAAAAGAUUUAUCUUGAAUUAUGUGACAUCAGCAAAGGAUUACAGGCUGAAAAUGAGAGAUUGAAGAAAUGGGAUGCAGAUUUACAACAAGAGCAGAAACAAACAGAUUUGUUAAAAAGGAAAAUUCAACAAUAUGAAGAUUCUCUUGACCAACUCAUUGACAAUGAAAGUGAAAAACGAUGCAAAGAAUUUCAAAAGGCCUUUGAAGAUAGAAUGCUAGAGACUACAGAAGAAUCUAAAAGAACAAAACUUUCAUUCAAAAUAAUGAAACAAGCAAAUGAUUCUCUAAAGAAACAGAAUUCACAACUUGAGGAGGAUAAUCGUAAACUGGAAGAAAAGCUGUCUUCUUUUAACAACCGGAUAUCUAAUCUUCAGAGAAAGAACGAAAUACUGAAAAAAGAAGUCAAUGACAGCCGCACGUUGGAAUUAACAAAACAAAAUAGUAAGGAUUACGAAAAGUUGGAAACUUCAAUAGAGAAGAAGCUAAAGCAAACAAAGGUCGAGCUGGAUUCGUUAUCAGAAACUCUUGGCAUCUGCUUGGACUGGGUUGCAGAAUCACAGUUAAAGCAACACGUUAAAACAUUGAUUACAAACGAGACUAACGAAGUUGCGGAAAAUGAUAUUGCCAUUGAAAUUGCAAGUGAAAAGGCUUUUAAGAUCGUCCAACCGAUACCGUCAUUCUUAGACCACAUUUCAAAUUCAGCAUCCAAGCUAUCGUUUCUUCAUUUUGUGUUCUGGUCAUUGCUACUUGCAGAAUACACGCAAAAGAGAAAGUCUGGCGUGCCAUUGGCAGCAUACCGCAGAAUUGGUGAAAAGUUAUUUAAAUCUCAGAUUCCACAAGCAGACUCGUCAGAUAAGAAGUUAGCUGUCAAGAAAUCAGAUCAGUCUGUGUACUCUCGCAUGAAUGAUGCAAAAAUUAGGAUUCUGUCGGAAUUCAUAAUAUUGAAAACUACAAGUCAAGCUGAUAUUCUAGCAAAAGUUUUAGAAGAGCUGAAGUCAGAUACGAGAAGUGAAGAAGGCAAAGAAAUUUUCAUUCAUUUCCAUGGCGCGGCUGUUUUGCUAUCAUUUCUUGGUGGAAAACAUAAGGGGCUUUUGCAUUUGUCAGUUGACGUUUUGAUGCAAAUAACAGUCGAAUCACCAUUCAUGGGACAGUUUUUAGAAAGUCUUAGCAAUCAGCUUUGGAUAAAAACAUUUUAUGACUUGUUCCAACGGAGAUCUGUUGAAAAUGCGGUGUUAGAAAAGCUUAGUAUUGUAUUACAACGGCUUUCGAAAAUCAAGUCCAAUCAGAAGUACUUCGAUAAUGUUCAGUUCAGUAAACUUAUUCGAGAACUAGCUGCCAACUUGGAUGUUGAAAGACCUUUCCUAGCUCUAAAUCUUAGAUCAAUACUUUUAAACCUGAGUGCAAAAGCACCUGGCGUUAACGUUAAAAAGAAGCAGCCCGAAUCCUGAUUGUUAACCCUAUGAGAGAUUAAUCUUUACUGAGCAGGAUCCAACGUGAGAAUUUCCCUGUUUCUUUGUAAUAGCGCUAUUAUGAAAUAACAGGAAGGAUAAAAAACGAUCUAUAAAUCGCCAACUUUGAUAAUGAAAAAAGAUGUUUUGGCUUUAGAAAAUGUAUGAUACCACAACAAUGUAAUAUUUUUAUAUGAGACGUUGGAAAUAAUUGAUAAUGUAAAUUAAGGAGUGGUUUUAUUUAACACAAAUAUGUACUUUUGACAAGAGAUUUGCGUAUAAUCGAUUUGCUUGAUGUUAAAUGAUGUACAGCUAUUUGGAUCGCUAUCUUUUUUUCUCUGCUUCAGGUUUCUUUUCUGGGCAUAAUUUUGUACAUAUCUGAGUCCAUA